GAAAAGCUAUAGUAUAGUAUAGUCUCUCUUAGUCCUAAUUUGUCACCAAUAAAUUCCCCUUCCUUUGGUGCCUUCAACUCCCACCAUCAUUAUUCAAAAAAUCCCUUUCUCUCUCUCUCUCUCUCUCUCUCUCUCUUUCUCUGUCUUUGCAGCACCCAUGGACAUAUGGUACUUGUGCUGUGCUGUCUUUCUCAAGCUCUAUUAACUUUGGCUUUGAGGGAGGCAAGAUCGAGAGGUUGGUGAAAUUGAAAAAGAUUAAGGGAUUUUGCUGCUACAGCUAGCGAGAUCAUUGCUCUACCUAAAGCUAAGCUGAUUUAGCCAGUAAUAUCAUAUGAUCUGGUAGUGCAUAUAUAAGUAUAUGUGUCAUUCUCAAGCUCCAGUGUGCUACUUUCUCCCCUCCAGUUAACAUAUACGGCUAGGUUUUGUUAUCUAUAGUGCAAAUUUUACCAAAGCUACCUCUCAAUUCUCUCUGAUAUGUUUCCGUCAAGCAACAAUGGCAAUGACCCCAUCUACUAUAGUGACCAACAAGGUUACAAUAGGCCCUCUUUCAAUGACAUCACUUCCAAUUCCAAACACGAAGAUCCUCUUUUUUCUUGCUUCUACCCGCCCUUUCCUUUUCCUCCUUAUGAUCAAUUAGAAUUGCAAGACCAUGAUGUCCUUCUCCAUCAAAACCAUGACCUUUUACUUCACCAUCAACCCUUGUUCAGAGCUUUUGCUUCCACCACUAGUACUGCAGCAUCGGUUGAGACCAUUCUUGACAUGGUGGAUUCCAACAAGAACGAUGCUAAUAACAAAUCCCGCAGUGCUUCUUCUGACCAGAUCCCGAGAAAGAGAUCUUCCAAGAGAGAUCGCCACAGCAAGAUUAACACAGCUCAAGGACCUAGAGACCGCAGAAUGAGAUUGUCUCUCAAAGUUGCCCGCGAAUUCUUUGAUCUGCAGGACAAGCUACGCUUUGAUAAAGCUAGCAAAACUGUUGAGUGGCUGCUCAUACAGGCAAGACCAGCAAUCAAGAAACUAUUUAGUGGCCUCCCCCAGUUCAAUUACAGCUCCAGUGUUGGCACCAAGAGUGCAUCAUCUACUUCAGAGUGUGAAGUGGUAUCUGGAAUUGAUGAUGAAGCAGCUGCCAUUAAAGCCACCACCAAGAUUUCUAAUGCUAAAACCUCAUCAUCAUCAUGCGUUAACAAUAAGGGGAAAAAGGCUAAACCAUCACGUAAAGCUGCAUUCGAUCCACUAGCAAGAGAGUCGAGGGAGAAGGCAAGAGCAAGAGCAAGAGAGAGAACAAGAGAAAAGCAGUGGAAUCGAAAAAUCGACAAAUCAAAGCUAUGUGAAGAAGCCAAAAACCUUGAAUUGAACCAAUUAAACUGUUUGAGUCCCUUUGAAAUAGGUGAAGAAUCUGGCACACAAAGUCACACCAUGAAUCCUAAUUCCUUGGAGAUGCUGGCACAUGAAGUGGAAGUACCAAGCUCACACGAGCAAGACAGGUUAGUAACCACAGAGAGCAUGAUUGAUGAUUCAUUGUUGAUCAUGGGAAAGUGGAGCCCAUAUUCUUCCAUUAUCAAUCACCUGUACAACACUGCCAUGCCUCAAGAGCAUCAAAUCACAGACUUGCAAUCUUUCUUCAAGUCAUUGGAGGCGCCCUAUAACAGUUAGAUGAUGAUAUGUCAAGUCAAGUGGACACUUGAUUUCAAGAAUACUAUGUAUGGCUUUUCUUUCUGUUUGGAAUUAAUGUAAAAUAAAGAACUGUAUUUUUCUUUCUGCAAUUUUCUUGUGAACUCCUUUUUCAAUGAUUGAAUUGUUCAUCAGCGGUCUUCAA